CAAUUUUUCAGGCCCAGUUUAACAUGGGUUGCACCUUGGCAAUGCUGAGCGAUGUUUUCGACGAUGGGGAUGCUGAAACGAUUUUAUAGAGCUUAUCAAAAACGGUCAGUUAGCUUGUUUAGAAAGACAAGAAAAGAACUAGUAAUUCAAGUGGGAGUCAACGAGCAAAAGCCAGCAAGACCAAGGACAAGAAUAAUGGCGACUUCAAAAGCCUCUCAAGUUGUUUUACUCAUACUCGUGGUCGUAUGCAUGAACGCAUGCGCAGUGGAACUGACAAAGAGAAUGAGCUGUUGGCACCAAUGCUACGCUGACUACGCACCUUGUUUUAAUACAUGUUCGAGCACUUCUCUAUCUUGCAAUAAUUGUGUAGAUGGCCGAAACUCUUGUUUCAAUAGUUGCCCGUCAGGAAAAAGAAGUAAAAUUAUUUUUCAAGAUAAUUCUUUUGAUUUGUACUGAGACAAUGUUCAAUGAUCAUUCAUAAAAAUAAUUAUUUUUUAUGUUAGUGAGACAAGAAUGAGUGACUUAUAAGAGUGCAUAUCUUACUCUUAUUAUGAGAGUGCGUUACUUGUAGCUAGUUUUCAAACUCUCAAUACGUUAAAUAACUGUGAUUAAAUAAAA